UGUAAAGGAGCAUUGUACAACAUGGAUUCUCUGACAGAAGAAUUUUUUGUGAGUGAUCCACCUGUAGAAGAGCAAUCUAAUAAGGAAAGUGAAGAUAAAGUAGAAGAAUCAGCUAAUCCUUCGAUCAAACUUGAAAAGGACACAACUACUGAACUUAUCCUUAUUAACCUGCUGCUAGAAAUGAAGAAGUUGUUGAAUGCAAUACAUGCUCUACCAAAAGGUGUGAUCAUGCACAUUAAGAAGUUUUUGCAGGAAGAUUUUUCCUUCCAAACUAUGCAGAGAGAAAUUGCUGGUAACAGCCCAGAUGGAGAGGAAACUGUUCCUCCUUUGACUUUAAAUUUUUUGAUAACACAGUUAGAAGUAGCACUGAAGAACCUUCAAGCUACUGAUUGUACUGCACAUCAGAUUAACAUUGGGUAUUAUUUGACACUACUGUUUUUGUAUGCAGUAGCACUCACUGAAAGGGGAAUGAAAGAGGAUUAUUUAGAGGCUGAAAGUAAAUUUCUAGUGAUGAAGAUAAUGAUCCAAGAAAGUAAAAUUUCUGAAAACUUUAUGCCUUUAGUUUAUUUUGGACGUGGUUUACUUCGAUGUGCUCAGAAAAGAUAUAAUGGAGGACUGCUAGAAUUUCAUAAAAGUUUACAAGAAAUAGAAGACCCAGAUGAUUAUUGGUUUGACCUAGAUCCUACAGAAGAUGAUAAUUUACCUACAACUCUUAAAGAUCUUCUCAGUAAUUUUAUCAAGACAUCUGAAAGUAAUAUAAUUAAACAGACUAUUUGCAGUUACCUAGAUUGUGAGAGAUCUUGUGAAGCUGAUGUUUUACAGGACACCAUUUAUAAGGGAUUUGUUCAGUUAACGUGCAGUAAAACUUGUUGCAUUUAUUUCCAUAAAAUUUGCUGGAGGAGGUUCAAGAAUGUAAAAUAUCCAGGUGAAAAUGAUCAGAGUUUCUGUGCAAAGAAAUGUUUGAAAGAAGAAUGUACAGGUGAUAUUGUAAGGAUGCUAGAAUGUGAUAUACCUGGAAUUGUUAAAAUUUUGUUUGAAGUUGUGAGAAAGGAUGAAUAUGUAACCAUUGAGAAUUUAGGAGCAAGUUAUCCAAGAUUGCUGUCUCUGAGAAGAACUGACACUGAUUUGAGACCAAAGAUCAGUUUAAAUUUCAGUGCAAAAGAUGAAACCCCUAUCUUCAAACUUGAUUAUAGUUAUUUCUAUCAUCUGCUCCAUAUAAUUAUUAUAUCUGGUACUGACGUUGUUCGGAAAAUAUUCGAUGAGGCUAUGCCACCAUCUCUUUUGAAAAAAGAGCUUCUAAAACACAGGAGUGUGCUGGAACCCUAUUACAACCACCUUUGGAUGAAUCACCCUUUGGGUGGAGCAUGGCAUCUGCUUUACCCCCCAAAGAAGGAACUACUACAGUCCAAACAAUUUGACUUAUACCUCUUGUUUGUUCUCAUAAAACAUUUGAACGUAUUCCCUGCACCCACAAAAGGCUGGAGUAAGGAACCACCGUCUUCAGAUCUCUCCACGUCUGCAGACAUCCUGAGGCUGUGCAAAUACAGAGAUACUCUCCUUGGUGAGAUUUUGAUGAAUGGCCUCACUGAAUCACAGUUCAGUUCAAUUUGGAGUGAAGUUUCAGCUGUUCUUCUCCGUCUUGGAAUGAAGCAAGAGGAUAUUGACAAAGUGAGAGAGAAUCCCAUUGAGAAUAUCUCCCUUGAUUAUCGUCAGCUGUCCAUCUACCUAGGCAUACCUGUCCCAGAAAUCAUCCAGAGGAUGUUAUCCUGCUAUCAACAAGGAAUUGCUCUACAAUCAAUAACAGGCUGUCGCUGUGUUGAAAUAGAAGAGUCACAGAAUGCAGAGGAAGAACUAAGUCCUCCUCUCAUGGAGUACAAUAUGCAUGUGAACUCCAACCCUGAUGUACAAUUAGCAGACGUGAAUAAAGAUGGAGCGUCCCUCCCCAGUGAAUCUUCAACAGAAACUACUAAAGAUCUCCAGGAAGUUACAGAUAAACCAAAGAAGAGAAAGACUAAAAGCAAAAAGAAUAAAGAAUCAGAUGAAGAUCAAAUCUCAGCUUUGUCAGAGGAGGAGGAGCAGACGAAGAGCGAGCCAGGAAGACCACGCUCAAACAGCGACGAUUUGAGUGACACUCAGGAUGAUUCUGCAGCCGAAGAGAAGACCUACAGCCUUGAUGAGCUGCACAUUCUGGACAUGAUAGAACAGGGUUCAGCCAGCAAGGUCACUGCAGAUUAUGAAGAAACUGAGAAGGAAAAACUUGCUCUUCAGAGGCAGCUUUAUAAAUUGCACUACCAGUGUGAAGAUUUCAAAAAACAGUUGAAAACAGUAACUUUUCGGUGGCAAGAAAACCAAAUGCAAAGCAAAAGGAAAGAUAAAAUAAUUUCAUCUCUCAACCAGCAAGUGGCCUUUGGAAUUAACAAAGUUUCCAAAUUACUGCGUCAAGUCCAUGCAAAAGAUACCGAGAUCAAGAAUCUUAAAGAGCAACUUACCAUGAAAAGAGAAUAUGAGUACAGGGGUUUCUCAGCUGUAAUCUGUAUGGGAGCAGUUUACCAGGUGUUUCCUCUUGUGGAGCUGUUGGGUGGCUUCAGUUCUCUGACUUUUUUGGUUAGAGCUGAGCUCUUAAGCGUUGUCCCACGAGGGCUCCUUCUGACUGUGUAUUUCUUACAGUGCCGUCGAGAUUUUGGUUUACUUCAUCUUGAGCAGACGGAAAAGGAGUGUCUCAGUCAGCUUACAAGGGUGACACACCUGGCAGCCAGCAAUGUAGAUUCACCUCAUUUAAAGGCUGCAGUGGACAGUUGGAAUGCCAUUGUGGUGGAUGUUAGAAACAAGAUUGCCUUUCUCAGGACUCAGUACAAUGAGCAGAUUAAUAAAGUGAAGCAAGGUUUUGCUUUGAGCACCUUGCCCCCAAUACAGCUUCCACCACCACCACCUAAUCCUGAGAUGUUGAUGCAGCAGUUCUUGGGAAGACCUGUUGUGAGAGAGUCUUACUUUAGACCUAUACUCACUGUUCCUCAAAUGCCUGCAGUAUGCCCUGGAGUCAUCUCUGCAGCUGGCCAACCUAGAGUGCCCCUGAUGACUGGCAUGGCCUGGACUGUGCCGGCACCUGUGGCAGAGGCUUCCAGUGCAGGUCUUGGAAGUGACCCACCCAUCGUGAACUGGGAGAAGAUUAUGGACAGACUGAAAACUGCAUUUCCACAGCAGUCCAGGUAA